AUGACUUGUAAAUUUGAUGUAAGAAAGGUGAGCUUAGUUCUGGACAAGAAAAUCGAAGAACAACUGCAGGCAAUACGUCUAAGCUGCCAACUACAUACGAAACUCUGCAAGAUUUCCAGACAAUUAAAUUCGGCUUAUAACAUACAAAUCAUUUUGUAUGUGGCCCUUACAUUCGUAGUAGUGGUGACCCAACUAUACUACGUGGCCCUAGGAUUCAUGGACCCUGUAAACGAAUAUCGGAGCACGUCCGAGAUCAUAAUGUCCGUGAAUUGGGCCAAUUAUCAUUUAAUUGGUGUCAUAGCAUUGGCCGUCAGCUGCCAUAGGGCCAGCAAGGAGGCCGCCAGGACCGGAGUGCUUUUGCACAGGAUGAGGAACCGACAUCAGAGCCGGGUUAAAGAAGUGAUUGAGAUGUGGUCUUUGCAAUUACUUCACCAAAAACUCGGUUACACAGCUGGUGGACUUUUUAGUAUCGACAUGACUUUAGUUUAUUCGAUUAUUGGUUCAAUGACGACAUAUCUAGUAAUUUUGAUACAAUUCAACAUGCUGGGAGCCCAAAGAAAAACGCCUUUAUUCAGUUCACCAGAUAAUCAGACAGCAUUAUCGAUAACAUCAUAA